UAUAUAUAUAUAUAUAUAUAAUUCAUACAGAAGCAGAUGAGAAUGAGAGGUGCGGGUCUUGAAUGAGAGGUGUAAGAAGAUAAAUACUCCGUAACAGAUUGAUCAAUCAACAUUAGGUGGUACUAGCCAUGGCUGGAGAGACCAAAACUACUGUGGUGAAGGCCAAGCCCAGCAGUCAAGAUGCUUCUUCAUCAAGGGGUAAGACUGAUUCAUCACUCCACAAGAAGAAAGUUGUUGUCAGCUCAACCAAACAGCCCCUUGAUUCAUACCGCAAAUCUACCUCUGUAGUCACAAAAACUGAGGUAAAAGCAAAAUCAACAUCAGCAUCAAUAUCAAGUUCAUCGAAAACCACAGUGACUAAAACUACUACUAAAACAAGAGAGAAGAAAGUUUACACAUUGGCAGGCCAGAAGUAUGAUGUUCCCGAAGAGAGGGAACCACUAAGGAUAUUUUACGAGUCGUUGUCGAAACAGAUACCUUCGAGUGAAAUGGCAGAAUUUUGGUUGAUGGAACAUGGUUUGUUAUCACCUGAAAGAGCAAAAAAAGCAUAUGAAAAGAAGCAAAAGAAGCAAAAACAACUUCGGAUGGGAACUCCUAUUAAAUCUCUCCCGCCGCCGCAACCACCAAGAAAUAAACCUGAGAGUUCAAAAAAGCCACAGCAAAUGUCAAAGAAUGGUGAAGUGAAAGCCAAGAAAAGAAUCAUUAAUGACAGUGAUGAUGAUGAUGAAUUUAUACUGAGUCCUAAAAGGAGGAAAGGAAAAAUGAUAGAUGCGAUGGACUCUUAUGGAUGGAUGGAUUCCAAAUGGAGUUGAGGUUUAAAUAAAUAUUGGCUAUUAUAGUUAAAUUCGGAGGCCAAGGUGUUGGGUUAUUAGGACUUAGUAUUUGCAAACUUUUCAACAAAAUCAGGUGUCUGUAUUGCUCAUUUUAGUUGAGCGUAUUUUUGAAUGUUAGUUUAAUUAGUUAGUUAGUGUACCUUUGAUCCAUGGACUAUGAAGACAGUAUUUGAAGUUUAA